AUGACUCCCUUCUCCGAUGCUACCACUGUCACCUCAACAGGCACUCACUCGUAUACCGCAAACUUUCCAAAGGAUUACUGCAUUGGCUCAGCACAGCUACACUUUGCCACAACCUUGGCCAAGCAGAACCAACCCCAUACAAUGUCUAUGCAUCUAGAGUUCCUUAGACGUACCAGCAUCGGACCUGCUCAAUUCAACAUCAGAGAUGUAAAAAUAGGCAGAGGUACUUCUGUCAUUCAUGUGACUCUAUUUCAAGAUGGUGGCGAUCGCGAAGAAGUUGCUGCCUACAUCACAAACAGCAAUCUGGCUACGGAAGAAGGCACUUCCUUUCCANCAGGCUGGAAGCUGGAACCCGCACCUCCACCCGCCAAUGUCUCCGCGCUCAAAUCUGGUACCGACAAUACUUGGAAAGAGCAGAAAUCCAUGCCUUUUGCCAUCUUCCGCCGCGCCAGUCAACACGUCAACUUCUACUUCCCCAGAGAAGGUCAACGUAUGCGCAGUCUAGCAGAUCAGUGGAUGUGCUUCAGCAACGGCGAGCGUUUCACAAACACCAGCUUGGGCUAUGUAUCCGACAUGUUCCCUCAGAUCCUCGAGAGCUACCGUACAGGCAGCGACCCCUAUGCCGUUGAACCUCUGCGUGAUGCCAAGGAAAUCAACGAGUUGGCUGCCCAGCAANAAGGCUUCUCCUCCGCCUGGUAUCCGACUCUGCUGUUGAAUCUUGACAUCAAGAAAGUCCUUCCCGAGGAAGGUGUCGAGUUUCUAUUCCUGAGAGUUCGCGCAAAGCAGAUUAAGAACGGCAGAUAUGAUCUGGAAGUCAUCAUCAUGGACGACACCGGAGAUAUCGUCGCUCUCAGCCACCACGUUUGUAUGAUCAUGUCGGCGCAGAGAAACUUGCAAGCGAGGUCGAAGCCAGCAAAAGCUCCAAGCAAGCUAUAA